GCCCCGAUGGCGGCCGUCAAUAUAUACGACCUGUCCUCUUCUUACACGACACUCUCCUCCUCACACCACCCACAUCUGCAUCCCACGAAAAAGCCCCAAUCCAGCGCUUUACGAGAAAAAAACCAGAGUCUGCACGCUUCUGGCUACCGUCGAGCACGUGCCCUCGCCAAACCCUACUAUUGUCUUCGCUUCUUCGACAACAUGACGUCCACUGUCUACGAUGAGCCGUACGAGGAGGAUGUGAAGACGAGGAACGUCGAGUCGGGAUACGCCAGCGGUGCUUCCGAAGACGAUUCAUUGCCCGAGGUCUCCUUCAGCAAGCAACACCUCAAGUUCCUCAACUCGCAGCUGCAGAGGGCUGAGCCUGAAGGUAUGUUGCCAUUGCCUCACCCCACUAUGUGCGGGGUAUAUGCUGACCUGGUAUAGCUAUUCUCCAAUGGUGCAUCAUGACCCUGCCGAGUCUAUACCAGACCACGGCGUUUGGUCUUACUGGUCUGGUCGCCCUAGACAUGCUGUCCAAGAUCACCACUCCCAUCAAGCCCAAUGUUGAUCUCAUCUUCCUCGACACUCUCCACCACUUCGACGAGACGCUUUCCCUGGUUGAACGCGUCCGAAAGAACUACCCCCGCUUCACCCUCCACGUCUACAAGCCGGAGGGCGUCGAAACCGCCGAUGAGUUCGCCUCCAAGCACGGCCAGACUCUCUGGACGAAGAACGAAGAGCUCUACGACUACGUCGCCAAGGUCGAGCCCGCUCAACGCGCCUACUCCGAACUCCAAGUCAAAGCCGUGCUCACCGGCCGUCGUCGUAGCCAAGGCGGCAAGCGCGGCGACCUCGACAUCAUCGAAGUCGACGAGGCGGGCCUGAUCAAGAUCAACCCCCUCGCCAACUGGUCCUUCAAGCAGGUGCAGGAGUACAUCCACGCCAACAACGUGCCGUACAACGACCUGCUUGACCGCGGCUACAAGAGCAUCGGCGACUGGCACUCUACUCAGCCCAUUGCGGAGGGCGAGGACGAGCGAGCGGGUCGCUGGAAGGGUCGCACCAAGACGGAGUGCGGGAUCCACAAUCCCAAGUCGAAGUACGCCCAGUUUCUGAGGCAGCAGGAGGUCAAGCGCCAAGAAGAGGAGUUGGCGCUGGGGCUGCAGAUAUCUGUGGCGUGAGGAGGUGAUUCGAUUGGGUUGUUCUCUCUAUUGCUUUGUCAGUCCAAGCAUCUUAGCAUUGGCGUUUUUGUCUUUUUGAGCGUUUUGCAUGGCUCCAUGAUCAUUGGAGGUGGGGACCAGCGGCAUCUCUCUUUCUGAGUACUACCAAAAUGGGAAGCCGGAAAAGAAGGAUAGAAAAAGCCGACGCAGGCAGCUAGAGUAAGACCUGUAAAUGAAACAAAAUUUCUAACUCUGAAG